AUGAAUGAACCAUCUUCAAAGAAAAAAAUCAUCGUAAUAGUUGGUACGACUGGUGUGGGUAAAUCAAAAUUCUCAAUUCAACUAGCUGAAAGAUACAAUGGCGAAAUUAUCAAUGCUGACUCAAUGCAAAUGUAUAAAGAUUUAGAUCUAAUAACAAACAAACAUCCAAUCAACGAAAGACAGGGAAUACCUCAUCAUAUCAUGAAUCAUAUACCCUGGGACAAUGAAUACAAUAUCCAUAGAUUUAAAAAUGAAGCGCUAUCUAAAAUUAACCAAAUUCAUUCAAUUAAUAAAAUCCCAAUAAUUAUUGGUGGAACUCAUUAUUAUCUCCAAUCUCUACUAUUCAAAAAUAAAACAAUAACAACAAAUCUCACACAAUUCGAUAACGAAAACACUUUCAACAUCAACAAAUCUGAUACUUAUGAUACUUAUAAUCAAUUAUCAACUGACGAAAAAAAUUUACUAAAAUCAAAUGAUUCCCUGAAAAUUUUUAAUAAACUAAAAGAAAUUGACCCAGUUUUAUCCCAGAAAUUUCAUCCCAACGAUACAAGAAGAAUUAAAAGAGCCUUAGAAAUUUGUCUUUUGACUAACAAAAAAACAAGUGAUUUAUAUCAACAACAAAAUUUAAACCAAAUCUCAGAAUCCUCUUUAAGAUUCAACACUCUAGUCUUUUGGGUCUGGUCAAACCAAUCAAUUUUAAACCAAAGAUUGGACGAUAGAGUAGAUGACAUGAUCAACAAUGGUGCAAUAGAUGAAAUAUCCUCAUUAUAUAAUCUUUAUUUAUCAAAAUCUAUAAAACCUGACUGUCAACAUGGGGUCUGGCAAGUCAUUGGCUUUAAAGAAUUUUUACCUUGGUUAAAUUAUACAAAUCAAAGUGAAAAAAAAAUUGACAACGUUAUCGCUAAAAAGUUAUUCAACCAAUCAGUGGAAAAUAUGAAAAUAAAAACAAGACAAUACUCUAAACAACAAAUUAAAUGGAUUAAAAAAACCCUUUGUUUUGAACUUGCAAAGGAGUCAAAACAUUACUUCAUAAAUGGUGGAUUAAUAUUCUUACUUGACACUUCAAACCUCGAUAAUUGGAACUCCAAUAUCACAAUUAGAUCCCAACAAAUAAUGGAUACAUUUUUAGCCAAUAAAUCUAGUUACAACUUACCUCAAGCACCAGAAGGUUUAACUGAUAUGAUACAAAUUAAUGAAGAAAAAUUUAAUAAGCCAACCUGGAAACAUUAUCAAUGUGAUGUUUGUAAACAGAAAAAUGGCGAUCCUUUAAUAAUAGUUGGCGAGGAAACUUGGAAAAUUCACUUAAAUAGUAACAAACAUAAAUCUACAAUUAAUAGAGGAAAGAGAAAAAAGGAAUAUGAAGAAUGGUUGAAAAAGAAAAAUAUGGAACAUGAUUCAUUAAAUGAUUCUAAUUGA